AUGGCUGGGGUGGAAAAUCACUUCAAUGAUGCUCACAGUAUCAACGGCACCAACGGCACCAACGGUACUAAGGGGAUAAAUGGGUUGAACGAGGUCAACGGGUCUCAUCAACAUUCAACCCAUCAGCGCAAUGGCUCCAAGAACGGCACAGUACAGUCAUCAGAUGCGACCAAUGAAGCUCCGGUUCCAAUUGCUAUCUGUGGUAUGGCAAUGAGGCUACCUGGCGGAAUCCGCAACGACAGAGAGCUCUACAACUUCCUGAUCACCAAGGGCGAUGCUCGGUCCACUAUCAGAGCGGACCGUUUCAACGUCGAUGCCUACUACAGUCCCCAUGGCAAACACGGAACGAUCAGCACGAAACAUGGCUACUUCCUGAACGAUGUCGACUUUUCCAAGUUUGACCUCUCGAUGUUUACUCUCACGCCGGCUGAAGUAGAACAAGUCGACCCCAAUCAAAGACUUGUCCUCGAGCUAGUAAGGGAGGCCUUUGAAAGCGCCGGUGAGACCGACUGGGGUGGAAAGAAUAUCGGAACCUAUGUGGGGAUGUUCUCGGAGGACUGGCAAGAUCUCCAGCACAAGGACACUCACGAGUACAACCCAUAUCGUGUUCUUGGCGGCCUGGACUUUGCGCUCCCCAAUCGGGUCGCGUAUGAAUAUGACUUGAAGGGACCUAGCAUGAUCAUCAAAAGUGCUUGUUCGUCUGCAGGGCUGGCGUUGCAUCAGGCACUACAAGAGAUUCGGCAAGGCGGCAUUUCUUCCGCGAUGGUCUGCGGAACCAACCUGAUCAUGGCUCCGGGCAUGACUAUCAGCAUGAGCCUGCAGAUGGCGCUAUCACCGGAAGGCUCUUCCAAAACCUUCGAUGCGUCGGCGGAUGGCUAUGCUCGGGGCGAGGGAGUCACCGCUUUGUAUAUCAAACGACUGGAUGAGGCCUUACGGGACGGAAAUCCCAUUCGGGCAGUCAUCAGAGGUUCAGCGAGUAAUGCUGACGGCAAGACCAACGGACUCGCAUUGCCUAACCCGGAAGCGCAUGAUGCAGUUAUCCGUCAAGCAUACAAAAAUGCCGGACUCGAUUUAUCGGAAACGGCAAUGGUAGAAUGCCACGGCACAGGGACUCGUCUUGGUGACCCCAUCGAGACAAAAGCGAUUGCAAAUUGUUUCCAAGAAGGGGUCUAUAUUGGUGCGAUCAAACCGAACCUUGGACACAGUGAAGGUGCGGCUGCAAUUACCAGUAUUAUGAAAGCCGCCCUAUCUCUGGAAAACCGCACCAUCAUCCCAAACAUCAAGUUCAAUACCCCUAACCCCGCCAUUCCAUGGGAAACUUCCAAGCUGGUUGUCCCUGUCGAGCCGAAGACCUGGCCAGCUGAACGCGCCGAGCGUAUCAGUGUCAAUUCAUACGGAAUCGGCGGGUCAAAUGCUCAUUUCAUUAUUGAUUCUGCUGCUUCUUUAGGUAUCCCAGCGCCAGUUUUGGCUCCAUCGUCACCCGACGAGAACGGGAGAUCUCGUAAGAGCCUUCUCUUGUUCUCCGCAAAUCAUCCCGAGUCUCUGAAAAGGGUUGCCGAGAACAUGGAGGAAUAUUUGAGAGAGCAUCCUGGCAGACUCGAUAGUUUGGCAUAUACUCUUGCGCAAAGGAGAGAGCAUCUGAAGCUGAGGAGCUACGCUGUUGCUGAAGGGGGCUCAGCAAACUUAGUUGUUUCACCUCAAACCAAAUCCCAGGCCCACCUUCAAGAAACAGCCUUCGUUUUCACGGGCCAGGGCGCUCAAUGGAUACAUAUGGGCAGAGAGCUGAUGUUAGACUACGCAUCGUUCCAAGAUGAUAUCAGGGCCAUGGAUCAGGUUCUUCGCGAGCUAGAGCACGCGCCAUCAUGGACAAUUGAAGAUGUGCUCCUCAACUGCGAUGACAAAGCGAUCAUCGGCCAGCCAGAAUUCUCGCAACCGGUCUGCACAGCGCUACAGGUGGCGUUAGUGAAUCUGCUCUCUACUUGGAAUAUCACUCCAGCCGCGGUUGUGGGUCAUUCCAGUGGCGAAAUCGCAGCGGCAUAUGCUGCCGGUGUCCUAACUGCGCGCGAAGCUAUUAUUGCGGCCUACUACCGUGGGUAUGUCUGUAAGUCGCCACAAAAGGCUGGCGCGAUGGCUGCGGUUGGAAUGGCAAGGGAUGAGGUCAUGCCCUACCUUGCUGCAGGCGUUCGGAUAGGGUGUGAGAACAGUGGCUCCAGUGUCACUCUGUCCGGUGAUCUGAAUGUCCUUGAAGAUGUCCUUGCAAAAAUUAAGGCGGAUAAGCCUGAUGUGUUUGCCAGAAAGCUUCAGGUACAAGUAGCAUAUCAUUCCGAUCAUAUGAACCUUGCGGGCGAAUUAUACGGCGAGCUGAUUGCUAAACACAUCUCCCCUCGUGCGCCAAGUAUUCCCUUUUUCUCAAGUGUCCGGGCCAAGGCCCUGCAUGAAGCGUCUGAUUUUGAAGCGAGGUACUGGCAAGAGAACAUGGAAAGCCCAGUAUUGUUCCGCUCUGCCGUCAAGGCACUCCUAGCAGGAUCACACGAGUGCUUGGUGCAUCUCGAGAUCGGACCCCAUGCAGCUCUUAGCGGCCCUCUACGACAAAUUUACAACGAGACCUCCACGUCGGUUCACUACGUUUCAACCUUAGUCCGUGGCAAGGAUGCUACGGUGUCCUUUCUCGAAGCCGUGGGUCAGCUGCAUUCCUUAGGAAUAAGGAUCACGUAUCCCUCGGAGAACGCCAUCGUACUUUCUGACCUACCGACAUACCCAUGGUACUACGAGAAGAGCUAUUGGGCCGAGACCCGGGUAAUGAAGAACUGGCGAUUCCGCAAGCACCUUCCCCAUGAUCUUCUGGGACUUCGCAUUCUUGAGGGUAGCGAGCUCUCACCCACGUGGAGAAACGAGCUACGGCUUAUGGAUCUGCCAUGGCUGAAGGAUCACUGCGUGGGCAACGACAUUGUCUUCCCUGGUGCAGGCUACGUUGCCAUGGCCGGAGAGGCGAUCUUCCAAAUCAACGAUGUGCGCGAGUACACGGUCCGUGAAGUGGAACUCAGUAAGGCCUUGGUACUCUACGAUGACAAGCCCGUCGAGAUCAUGACUACUUUGCACCCGCAGAGACUCACUGCCACGCUGGACAGUGCCUGGUACGAGUUUCAGAUCGUAUCCUACGACGGAGCUGCGUGGAACAAACAUUGCUCCGGCCUUGUUCGUAGCGGUCGCGCUUCAGCCACUCCACCCUGGAAGACUGAGAGUCUUGACAGACACGUCUCUUCAAACCGCUGGUAUACAACGAUGGCGAGAGCUGGUCUGAACUAUGGGCCCCGAUUCAAGGGGUUGGGGAACAUCACUGCCAGUGUGGUGGAUCGCUCAGCUGCAGCGGAUCUUGUGGACAAUCAGGGAGAAGCCGAAUCGGUGUAUAUGAUUCACCCGUCGACGCUGGAUCUCGUCUUCCAGUCCCUGACCGUGGCGAUGUGCCAAGGCAUAUACCGUAGCUUCAAGACGCUUUUUCUGCCUACUUACAUUGAGGAGCUGUUCGUCGGCUCCGCAACCGGCAAGGCCAUCCGCGUGCAGACGGCGGCUACUGGAAAGCCGGGCAUUGUGCAAGGUAUCUCACAGGGUAGAGCCGGCGACGAGACGGUCUUCUACCUCAAAGGCUUCAGGGGUAAGGCAAUGGAGGAUUCUGGGCUGGCGAAGUCAUCUGAGGCGAAAUUGCUUCAGCUGCAAUGGAAGCCGCACUUUGACUUCCAGGAUGCCGUGAACAUGAUGAAGCUCAAGUAUGACAUCAAGGAUCAAGUCCGGGACCUCGAGCGGCUUUAUGUUCUAUGUGCUCUUGAAGCGCAAGGGGCACUAGUCGGCCGCUCCACCAAGAUGCCUCAUAUGCAGAAAUAUCGCGCUUGGCUGGAUGAACAAUGCGAGCGGUUCCAGCAGCCAGACUAUCCGUUGGUGGAGGACUCCAAGGACUUGGCCACCAUGGACUCGAGCGAGCGCCGCGAGUUGAUCGCAAAGCUCCUGAAGGCAUGUCAGGCAACAGGGGGCUGGGCUCCGGCAACCGCGAUUUGGAGAGCCUACGACCAGGUUGUGAAUGUAUUUGAAGGCACGACUGACUAUCUCGACCUUCUCCUGCAAGACGGGGUUCUCACGGGAAUAUACAGCUGGUACAACGAUCUCUGGGAUUUCACCGAGUUUAUGCAGCUCCUCGGCCAUGCGCGGCCGCAGAUGAAGAUCCUGGAGAUCGGCGCGGGUACUGGUGGUUUGACCGCGAAGUUCCUGGAGCAGCUCAAGUCGGACUUUGGCGAGCGUCUGUACUGGAAGUAUACGUACACUGAUAUCUCCUCGGGCUUCUUUGUUCAGGCUCAGGAGCGAUUCAAGGACUACGAAGGCAUUGAGUACAAGCCGCUCGAUAUCGCCAAGGAUCCGAUGGAGCAGGGCUUCACUGCUGGCGAAUACGAUCUCAUCAUCGCGUCCAACGUUUUGCACGCGACACCGUGGCUUCAAGAUACGUUGACCCAUGUUCGCGAACUACUACAGCCUCAAGGUCAAUUGUUUCUGCAAGAACUGUGUCCAGGCAAGUACAAGGGUUCUUUCGCGCAGGUCACGAGGGCCAUGAGCUUUAUUAUGGGACAAUUUUCCGGAUGGUGGCUUAGUGAGGAAGACGGACGAGUUGGCUGUCCUUUCAUCAGUCCAGAAGAGUGGGACAAAAGGCUGCGGCUUGCCGGGUUUGCAGGCUGUGAUUCCGUGAUCCUUGACAAUGAACAGCCGUACACAUACAAUGCCAAUCUCAUCGCUAAGCCCGCCUUGGAUACUCCGCCUUCCCAGCAGGUCACUUUGCUCGUCGGGGCCGAGGCACAUCCGCUCGUGGCGGAGGUCGAGGCCCUCCUUCGUGCCCAAGGAGCCGAAUUAGAGCGUUGUGAAUGGGGCCAGGAACCCCGAGCCGACCAGGAUCUCAUCUCAUUUAUCGACCUUGGCGUGAAACCCUUACUGCAAGAGGUCAAGGAGGAGGACCUCAUGCACUUCCUGCAUUUGGUGGAUUUGCUUCAGCUAUCGACUGUGCUUUGGCUGACCCCCGCGGCGCAAAUCCAUGCGAGCGACCCCCAUGCGGCACAGAUUCUGGGCACUGCCAGGACGAUCCGGUCCGAGCUGGCUAUGAAUUUUGCCACGCUCGAGCUGGAGAACACGGGCGUGGGCGCGGCUGAGGCGGUGGUCAACGUUAUGCGAUCGCUGUACGAGGUCAAGGAUGACUUCGGCGAGCUCGAUCCCGACAUGGAGUACGCCUGGACCAAUGGCGCAGUGCACACCGGCCGCUUCCACUGGGUCCCAGUUGAGAAGGCUCUGUGUGAAACCGCUCCGCCGCCGGAGACGAAGGGUCUUGCAAUUGGCACGCCGGGCCUCCUGCAGACAUUGCACUGGACGAGCCAGCCCCUCGGCAAACUCAAUCCGGAUGAGGUGCAUGUGAAGAUGAGUGCCGUUGGGAUGAAUUUCAAGGACGUGAUGAUUGUCAUGGGCAUUCUCCCAGGCGGCGAUACUAUUACAGAUGGCAGCAGCCCGAUUGGUCUGGAGGGCACAGGGUACAUCACCAAGAUUGGGACCGAGGUCACAAAUGUUGCUGUCGGAGACCGUGUCAUGUCGAUCGGGUGCGAAUCCGUUGGAAUGGCAACAACCAUUAAACGGCCGGCCAACCUCUGCAUUAAGAUCCCGGACCAGCUUAGUGAUGAAGAAGCGGCAACGAUGCCUGUGGCGUACAUCACAGUACUGAUGUUCCUGGUGGAGAAAUGGAAGCUCGAACGGGGACAAUCCAUUUUGAUUCACAGUGCUGCUGGAGGUGUCGGAAUCUGCGCCAUCUAUGUAGCCAAGUGGAUCGGUGCUGAGAUCUAUGCGACAGUUGGGUCCGAGGAGAAAGCUGAUUUCCUUACUCGAGAAUUCGGCAUCCCUCGCGCACGCAUUUUCAGCUCGCGUGCUAGCACCUUCUUGGACGGAGUCCUGGAAGCUACGGAUGGUGUCGGGGUCGACCUAGUGCUCAACUCUCUGUCUGGGGAGCUGCUCCACGCCUCGUGGAAGUGCGUUGCGCCCUACGGGGCCAUGGUUGAAAUCGGCAAGCGAGACAUGGUGGGCAGAGGCAAGCUGGCUCUGGACCCAUUUGAAGAUAAUCGCACCUUUCUCGGAGGCGAUGUCGCUCGUCUACUCGUCACACACAAGGCCACGGUGGCGCGCCUGCUGAGCCUCACCAUGGAGCAAUACCUGGAGGGCAACUUCAAGCCCAUCACGCCGAUUACUACCUUCGACGCGGAGCACGUCGAAGAUGCCUUCCGCUUCAUGCAAAAGGGGACCCAUACCGGCAAGAUUGUGAUCAGAUUUCCGCAGCAGGACACGCUGCCCCUGGCAGCCACCGUUCCCGCACCGGAGUUCCGCAUGGACAGCUCGUAUCUCCUGGCGGGUGGCUUGGGUGGCUUGGGCAAAGCCAUCGCUAGCUGGAUGGUAUCCCAUGGCGCUCGGAACCUGGUUUUCCUUUCACGGUCAGCGGGCAAAUCCGAAGACGAUCAGGCAUUCCUCCGGGAACUCAACCAAAUGGGCUGUUCCACUCAGUGCUUUCCGUGUGAUGUUGCUGAUACGGAUGCGGUUAAGAGUGCCAUUGACCAGGCUGCGAAGCCGAUUGCGGGAGUCAUGCAGAUGGCUAUGGUCCUGCGCGAUGUUGGAGUGCUCGGUAUGGACAUUGAAUCGUGGCAUACAGCCGUCCGGCCCAAAGUCCAGGGGACGUGGAAUCUCCAUCAUGCCCUCCCCCGAGAUCUGGACUUCUUCGUGCUGUUUUCUUCCGUCGGCGGGACAUUUGGCUACUACGGGCAAUCCAACUACGCCUCUGCCAACACCUUCUUGGACUCCUUUGUGCAGUACCGCCAGAACCUCGGCCUGGCUGCCUCGGUCAUCGAUAUCGGCCCCGUUGACGAGGUUGGCUAUGUGAGCCGCACCGCAGCGACCAGAGACACCCUUAUGACGAAUCUCCAGACACUCCUGACCGAGCAAGAUUUUCUGGAUAGCUUGCAGCUUACCAUCACGCGCUCGGCGUCUCGGUACGCUCCCCAGGAAUCGGUCUCCAGGGUCAGCGGGUACCAGAACCCAAGCCACGUCGUGCAGGCGUUGGAAUCUCGGAUUCCGAUUAUGGAUCCCCAGAAUGGCAGCAUGUGGAAACGGGAUCCGCGGAUGGCCAUUUACCGCAACAUCCAAAAGACAUCGGAUAGCGGGAGUAGCGAAUCAGCCGAUCAGCUGAAGCAGUUCCUGUCCAGUAUCGUAAGCGACCCGAGCCAGCUAGACCAGAAGUCAUCGGUGGAGACCGUCGCUCGGGAAUUGGCGCACUGUGUCUCAAGAUUCUUGAUGCGAUCCGACGAAGAGAUCCAAGUCUCUGUCACGCUGCAGACGGUGGGUGUAGAUUCCCUGGUGGCCAUUGAAAUCAGGAACUGGUGGAAACAGCAUCUAGGGGUGGAUGUGUCGGUCUUGGAACUGAUGAAUGGGGGCAGCAUCGAGCAUCUGGGCGAGCUGGCUGUAAAGCGGCUCAAAGAUAAGUACGGCCAAUAG